UUUGGGAAACAACAAUAUUUUCGUAAAUGGAGGAACGACCCCGACGACAAUUGGAAGCGCCCACUUCAAACACUCAAAAUGGGUAUAUGUGACGGGUCGAAGGUUCUUAACUAAACUAGACCGAAUAACUUACAUUUACCCAAUAAGGCCGUGCAAAACGUAAUGAUGUCAGUUUUAUGAGUGUGAAGAUACCCAGCUCAUGUAAAUUGAAAAGGAACAGAUUGAAUACCUCAUCUGAUUGAUGUCUUAAUGAAGCAUGAAGACAAAACCCGUUAUCUUCAUUUUCCAAGUGGACACCAGUAUGGAGGACCACCAGCAGACAGACUUCUCGGUUCGCUGUCAGGCAGCGAUAACAUGGGAGAAAACUGCGUCCUUCAGGGGGAACUUCCUCUUCAAGCCCCCCAUUUUAAAGAAGAGGGGACCGCACAGCUGAACUACAUGAAGAGGGAAGAGGAGGAUCCAGAACUCCUCUAUGUUAAAGUGGAAGAGGAGGAGUUUGAUGUCAGUGAGCUGCCACUGACUUGCGUCUGUAUGAAGAGUGACAUUGAUGAAUACGAACCACCUGAGUUUUCAGAGCUUCAUUGUCCAAGUCCUAGUGGAGACCACUGUGGAGGACCACCAUCAAACCACCUGUUAGCUCCACUGUCAGACAGUGAUGAUAUGGAAGAACCUUUGAGGAACAACAAAGACUGUGAACGUGUUAAGAAACUGUUAGGAUGGUCUAAAAGGGAGAAAACUUCCAAGAAACGUCAGACAUUUCAAGAUUUCAGCUGCUCAAUAUGUGGUAAAUUGUUUACUAGAAAGCCAAACAUGGUAGCACAUAUGAGAAUCCAUAGCGGAGAAAAACCCUUUAGUUGCUCAGUUUGCAAUAAAGCAUUCACUUUAAAAGAUGGUAUGGUAAAACACAUGAAAACACACACGGGAGAAAAACCCUUUAGUUGCUCACUAUGUAGUAAAACGUUCUUUGUUAAGCAAAGCUUGAGAACACACAUGACAAAACACACCGGGGAAAAACCAUUUAGUUGUUCAACUUGUGGUAAAACAUUCUUUCUAAAGUCAAGCAUGGAUUUGCAUAUGAUAUCCCAUACAGGAGAAAAACCUUUUGUUUGCUCGUUGUGUAGUCGAACUUUCAAACAAAAGGCACAUCUGGAAUCUCACAUGAGAACACACAACGGAAACAAGCCAUUCCUUUGCUCAGUUUGUGGUUCCGCAUUUUCUCGAAAAGACUAUAUGAAAUCACACAUGAGGAUACAUACGGGAGAAAAGCUCUUUAGUUGCUCAGUUUGUGGCAAAACAUUUAUUUUUAGUCAAAGCUUAAGAGCACACAUUAUGACACACACGGAGGAAAAACGUUUUGUUUGUUCAGUAUGUAGUAAGACAUUCAAACAAAGGUCAUAUUUGAACUCACAUAUGAGAAUACACACAGGAGAAAAACCUUUUAGAUGUUCCGUUUGUGACAACAGCUAUGCGCAUCGAAGAAGUUUAUCUGUACACUUGAGGACUCAUGACAAAGAUGGAGAUCAUGUCUUACAGUAGUGUACUGCAAUAUUGCAGCAUCUAAAACAGACCAUGUGUUUUUUGUAUUAGAUGUCUUGAGAGAUGUUAUUGUUUGAGCAAACAUUGGGUGUUUGGUAUAAAAAAAAAAGCUUAUGGUAAAACAUCCGUGAUAAUUUUCUACCUUGUAUACAUGUUUCAUGAAUACAACAUUAAAAGUACAG